AUGACCAGCAUCGUGUCGCAGUACAAGGAGAGGUUCCGAACCUGCGCAGCUGCAAGCAAGCUGCCAAUCUCAGCAACCACCACCAACCUCACGCCCCUGCCGUCCAUUAGUGGCUAUCUACGCUGCAGCGUUGAUGACAUCGUGCUCUCACAACACAUCUCCGUGCUUCGAUUUGACGGCAAACUUGUCAUGAUACGAGGUCUGCUGGCGAUCUUUGUGGUGGGAGCGCUGUGUCGCGUGUGCCCAGGGACCGUGGUGCUGGAGGAGGACGGCGCGGGCGCGUUUCACAUCAACACGAGCGAUCCUCACCUAGUAGGCAAAAUGCGCGUCGCACCAGCAACAGGAUCAAGGCCGCAGACAACCGGCGCCAUGAUGAUGGAGCGCGUGCUGGUGCUGGUCAUGUUCUUCUUGGCAGCUGUUGUUGGUGGUGGCUUGCUGCAGGUGGAUGCACGGCCGGUGAUGUCAGCUGCAGCAAACACUGUGGUGCGACGAGCCACGGGAGACGCAACACCAUGCACCAUUAGCUUCUUCGCAUGCCUCGGCCAGGAAACGGUGGAUGCUGCACCGUCUUUCAUGUCGUUUGCAGAGUGUGUGGUGGACAGUGGGCACCAUUCAUCCUCUGCACAAAGUGCGCUGGACAGCUGCGAGUGCAGUGCUGUCACACCCAGCAACAGCCUCACCUCAAAUCAGGACGCCUUCUACUGCUGGCUGGACUGUGCGCUGGAUACAGCAGAUAUCGAUUGCGAACGCACGACAACCACUACAACGACAACGACAACGACAACGACAAGGACAAGGACAAGGACAAGGACAACGACAACGACAACGACAACGACAACGACAACGACAACCACAACCACCACCACAACCACAACCACCACGACAACUACCACAACCACCACCACCACCACUACCACAACCACGACAACCACGAUAAGCACUUCAUCCAGCUCAACUGCGUUUGAUGUGCCGCGCCCUUGCUUGACCAACUGCAACCCUACCUUUGAGGAGCGCACUUUCAUCAGCACAACCGUGCCAAACGCAUUUGAGCUGCACGCUGCAGAUCUUGACGGCGAUAAUGACCUGGACUUUGUGGCAACUGUCAUGGGUGCCAACGCGUUUGUGCUCUUUGAGAAUGAUGGAACUGCAACUUUCACGCCCCAUCCGUUCCUGUCUGGUCGAAGCAAGCCACGGGACGUCAAAACAGGCCACUUUGAUGACGAUGGCGUCCUGGACAUUGUCACCGUCUCGGAGGAUGACGGCAUAGUUGCUGUCUCGUAUGGCGUUGACGGGUCACCCUUCACGUACACGACCUACGAGAUCCAGGACUCAAGCAUCGCUGUCGGUGCACUCGACGUUGCAGUCGGCGACGUCAACGGCGAUGACCUCUUGGACGUCGUCGUCGCCUGCCGUGACACGAAUCGCAUCGUCGCAUAUCUCAAUCAGGGCACCCGAGGUGGAUUUACGGAAGUGGUGGUUGACAGCAGCAUUCUUGGGCCAACGCGCGUGGCCGUUGUCAACUUUGAUGACAGCAGCAAUGCAACAAUCCUCGCCGCUGCACGCAACGAGCCCGUGGCAAGCAUCCCCCAGUACACCUUCGACGACGCAGGCAGCCCGUCCUUUUCGAAGGACACACUCGUCGCGCUUCUGCCAACCUGCAUCAGCGUCGUACCUGUUGAUUUUGACGGCGAUGGCGAUCUUGAUUUGUUCGCCGCGACAAUCGGAGGAGCAGACGCCAUCCUCUUCAUCGAAAACUCUGGUGGCGCCUUUGAACCUCCCGUGACCGUGUUUGACGCUGCGCGCGGCAUCAACUUUGUCGAAGCAACCAUCCUUAACGCAGAUCCAAGACCAGCUCUUGUGGUCGCCUCACGACGCGAUAACACCAUCUGGUUCCUGGAACACACCGCCAUCGCCUCUGCCAUCGACACAAACAACCCUGCACCCGGAUUGGUGGUGGAUGCAAAUGGCGUGAACCCGUCCGCUGUGAUUGUGGGCGACUUUGACGGGGACCUGGACCGCGAUUUGAUUGCAUCACGACGUGGCGAUGACAGCAUCCUCAACCUUGCCGCCGACCUGGGGAAGUUGGACGGGCUCACAGCUGCAGAUGUCAACAAGGACGGUCAUAUCGAUCUGAUUUCGUCGUCAUCCAGCGAGCUUCUGUUUAUGGUUCACCACAACGAGGGAGGGGGCGUGUUCACGUCCAUGCAGCUUGGUCUGGGCCGCCUCGAUCCCAAGAAGACAGCAGUCGGUGAUUUUGAUGACGACGGCUACAACGACAUCAUCACCAUUUCCCGGCAGGACGGCCUGUCCCUGCUCUUCUUUGGGACGGAGGACGAGGGCGUGUUUGAACAGCAGCUGCUCUCCGCCACAACGACGCGCGCAUUUGAUGUGCAGGUGGCAGACCUCGACAAGAACGACAUUCCAGACAUUGUGAUUGCACGUCAGGGCUCAAAUAGUAUCGACGUCUUCCUGUCGACUGGCUCAAGGACAGAUUUCACGCACGUCGAAGUGACAAACACGGCGACAUUCGUGACGUCCGUUGCUCUUGAUGACGUGGACGGCGAUGGCGAUGUGGAUAUUGUCACCACCCUCCGAGACUCGACGACGGGCGCACUCAGCUACUACGAGAACACAGACGGAACCGGCACAGCGUGGCAGCAGCACACCAUUGCGGCCACGCUCGGCGAACCCAUUGUCGUUGUCGCCACCCAUUUCAGCGAUGACGCGAACGUCCACCUCUUUGUGGUCUCUCGCCAGGAUGAUGCUGUGCAGUACCUCGAAGGAACAGGUGGCGGAAGCUUCGCUGCACCGAUUCAAGUGUUCACGUCUCCAGACAACAUCUACGACAUGCGUGUUGUGACCUCGCACGGCGACGUCGAACCAGGCUUGCUGGUGACAAGCCCGCCAGCGAACCGCGUGUGGGUGUUCAACCACGCCAGCAUUGCCACGUCCAUUGCCAGCGAGGGAGCAGACGAAGCGGUGCCAACGACAACGGUGACAGAUGUACUGAGCCCGCGGUCGGCGGUGCUGGCUGAUGUUGACGGCGACGGGGAUGCUGAUCUUGUCGUCUCAUCAACCACUGAUGGCACACUGCAGCUGCGCGACAACACUUGCUGCCCAGGACCAUCAACAACGACCACAACCACAUCACACGACGGGUCUUCGACGACAACCACAACCACAACCACAACCACAACCACAACCACAACCACAACCACAACCACAACCACAACCACAACCACAACCACAACCACAACAUCCACUUCAUCUUCGUCGUUCCUCAACUGCCCCAUCUUCCCCGAUGGUGGCUGCACUGCAGAACCAGUCACGCUGCCAAUUGUCUCCGUGAACGCCCUGCCUGGCUCGACGGAAGUGGUAGCACAGCUGGUCAACAACGAUGACCAACCGGAUUACAUCGUGUCUGCGACGGGGGCAGACGCCGUGUACUGGAUUGACGCAGACGGCUUCACAUCACCGGUCCACGAGAUUGCACGCAUUUCUGGCGGGCUGCCGUCUGCGAUUGCGAGUGGCGACAUCGAUGGCGAUGGCGUUGCGGACGUCGUUGUUGCCUGGACGGGUCUUGGGCUGGUGACGAUCCAUUUCAACGACGGCAACGGAGGCUUUAUCCAGUCGACCGUGGCCACAUCCCUCGUCUCAGGAACGCUGAACCAGCUGCAGACGGCCAACCUCAAUGGCGACGACUACGCUGAUAUCGCCAUUCGGGAUGAGCAGGGUGGGCGUGUCAUCUUGUUGCUGAGCACAGGCGAAGACAACGGCUUCACGCGCGUGGAGAUUACGACACCCGACAGUGGGCCGGCAAAAUCCAUCAAGCUCGCAAAUCUGGACGGCGAUGAGCAUGUGGAUCUAUUGAUUGGGCUCGAAACGGGCGUUGCUGUAUUCAUCAACUCUGGCUCCGGCACGGAGGACCGCUUCAUACACACAUCAACCAUUGCCACGCAGUGCAGGCGUGUAUCAAGCAUUGCGGUUGGCGACCUGGAUGGAGAUGAUGACAUGGAUCUGGUGCUUGGGUGUCAACGCGACAACGACGUGAAGAUGGCGGUUCGCCAGUUGGGCGGUGUUGGGUCAUACACCGUCACAAAGAUUGCAGACAGCAUCCGCCGCGUCUUCUACAUGGAGCUUGCAGACAUCAACCAGAGCGGGUUCAAGGACGUGGUGUUUGUGGAUGAUCGCCACGGCAUCACAUAUGCCCUCAUCAACCUCCUUCCCGCCAACGGCCAAACCGAGCUUGCGUUUGACCUGAAAGAGAUUGACGCCAGCAUCAUUGCUGCACCAGCAGGCUUUGCCAUUGCAGACUUUGAGGGCGACGGUGACGCGGAUGUGGUGAUUGCGGGAGAUUCGCGCCUGUUUGUGGCAGCCAACACGUGCUGCCACGUACUGUGAGAGCUCGGAGAGAGUGUGUAAAGGUGUGUGAAGGGUGUGGAGUUACAAGCAACAGGCAGACAAGAAGUUCAGGUGCCAUUCACAACAAGUGGUGGUCUGGUGUGUUGCACUUUUUCUCUCUUCUUCACUUGUCUCCUCCCCUCGCCUCGAUUAGAAUGGCGUCACUCGGUGUGUCGCGUGCUCCUCUUCGCCACCAUUCGAUGUGCAUAGUUGUCCUAAAUCUUACAUAAAUUUUCGG